AUGUCUUUAUCAUUCUCAAACCGUUUAUUCUCAGACGCACUUCGUGAUAUGCAACGAGCCAUGGCUGCAUUUGAGCAACCCUUGUUUGCAGUUCCCACUGCUAGAUUGAUGGGCCCGUCUUUCAAUGCCCCCUCCCUGUUACGCUCUAAUCAUGGCGCUUUCUAUCCUACAACAGAUAUGAUUGAGACGCCUGAUGCUUACGAGUUACAUGCUGAAAUACCCGGUUAUGACAAAAAGGACAUCAAGAUUGAAAUGCCUGAUAGCAAUACUUUGGUUAUCAGCGGUAAUGUAUCUAAGGAGUACAAGUCUCAAGGCCCAUCUGAUAAAGGCACCACUACUGGUGUAGCUACUGGUGAAUCUUCUUCUAGCAAGGAAAGCCAACAACUGGCUGCCACUGCAAAGGAUCAAGAGAAGCAGGUUAGUAAACCCUCCAAUGGACACAAGUGGUUGGUUCAAGAGCGAACAUCUGGUUCAUUUGUGAGAACUUUCACUUUGCCAAUUGCUGUCAAGUCUGAAACUAUUAAGACUUUCUAUAACAAUGGUGUCCUCAAGGUGGUUAUUCCCAAGGCUGACAACAAGCAAAGCAAUUAUCAAAUCAAUAUCGAGUAA